AUGGGCAUUGAGGUUGAACAUGUGCUGUCUAUAUCGCACAAUGAAUCAAAACCAGAUAAUUACUUAAGGUUCGGAAAGUUUUCCCCGGAUGGAUCUCUCAUCUCAACUGUAGCUAAUGAUAACACCCUUAAAAUAUUUGAAAAUCCCGUGUCUCCAUUUUACACAAAUAUUACUAACACCGCUAUCAGUGACAAUCUAAUUAGUGACGAGUUUAGGGAUUUUUGCUGGUUCCCAAGAUUUACCUUCACUGAAGAAGCUAGUAAGUGCUUCGCUUUAGCCUCCCGUGGCCAUCCGGUAAAUUUAUAUUCCACGAGUUUCAAGCCCUAUUUCUCAUACAAGCCACAGGAUUACAACGGGGACCUAGCUGAGUCUUAUACUGUGACGUUCCACCCCCUGGGCGGCAUGAUCGUUAUUGGCCUAAAGAAUCAAAUACAACUUUUUGACGUAAUUCACUCGACAAAUCCACUACAGAUUCUGGGAUUUGGCACCAGGAAGGACAAGGGGAGAAUUGGCAUUGUGUCUUCUGUGUCAUUCAACGUGGACGGGAGGAGAUAUCUCAUAGGCACACAUAGUGGGUUUAUCGCCCUUUGCGAAAAUACCGACUAUUCAUUUCUCUCAGAUCCACAACAUAAGCAAGGAGGUAUUAACCAGCUGUGCUGGGUGGACGAUAACACAUUUUUAGUUGGGAGUAGACAAGAUAUGUUCAUUCGUGAAUACGAUAUAAGAGAGGGACUGGUGGCAAGGUAUAAACGACCUUCAAUAUCUACGCAGAAAUUGCCAUUUUGCACCUACCAUGCUUACAUUAUUGCAGGCACCAGCGAUUCCAAAUUACAAAUUAUUAAUCGUACAUCGAAUUGUUGCGAUAAGGCAUAUUUGGUUGACAAUCCUUGUGGAGUGUGUGAUAUAGACGGAAAUUUGUUGUUAUUAUGCACUGGAACUAGAUAUCCAUCGCAAGCUACUAUCAAUUGCGAAGGCAUAGAGCUGAAUACAUGCGGGUCGAGAUUUAAUUUAUACAAGCUCAUUGAAUCGUAG